CAUUGGGCGCCAUUUUGAAAAGGGAAAAAAAUCCCUCCCCGGCGGCGGCGGCGGCGGCGGCGGCGGCGGCCGGGGCUGAGGCUCCGCGGCGGCGCCUGCGGUCGGCCGCACAGGGCUGGGCGGGCGCCGUCCCGCGCCGCGGCCAUGGCGGGAGCCGGAGGCGGCGGCUGCCCCGCGGGCAACGACUUUCAGUGGUGCUUCUCGCAGGUGAAGGGCGCCGUCGACGAGGACGUGGCGGAAGCCGACAUCAUUUCAACCGUUGAAUUUAAUUACUCUGGAGAUCUUCUUGCAACAGGAGACAAGGGCGGCAGAGUUGUUAUUUUUCAGCGGGAACAAGAGAAUAAAAUUCGCCCUCAUUCCAGGGGAGAAUAUAAUGUUUACAGUACCUUUCAAAGUCAUGAACCAGAGUUUGACUAUUUGAAAAGUCUAGAAAUUGAGGAAAAGAUUAAUAAAAUUAGGUGGCUGCCACAACAGAAUGCUGCUCAUUUUCUACUGUCUACAAAUGAUAAAACUAUUAAAUUAUGGAAAAUAAGUGAACGGGAUAAAAGAGCAGAAGGUUAUAACUUGAAAGAUGAAGACGGACGGCUUCGAGACCCAUUUAGAAUCACAGCACUGCGGGUUCCAAUAUUGAAGCCCAUGGACCUCAUGGUAGAAGCAAGCCCACGACGAAUUUUUGCAAAUGCUCAUACGUAUCAUAUAAAUUCCAUUUCAGUAAAUAGUGAUCAUGAAACGUAUCUUUCUGCAGAUGACCUGAGAAUUAACCUGUGGCAUUUAGAGAUCACAGAUAGAAGUUUUAACAUCGUGGACAUCAAACCUGCCAACAUGGAGGAGCUGACGGAAGUCAUCACCGCCGCCGAGUUCCACCCACACCAGUGCAACGUGCUCGUCUACAGCAGCAGCAAGGGGACCAUCCGGCUGUGUGACAUGCGCUCCUCCGCCCUGUGCGACCGGCACUCUAAGUUUUUUGAAGAGCCUGAAGAUCCCAGUAGCAGGUCCUUCUUCUCAGAAAUAAUUUCAUCCAUAUCCGAUGUCAAAUUCAGUCAUAGUGGUCGGUACAUGAUGACCAGAGACUACCUGUCAGUGAAGGUGUGGGACCUCAACAUGGAGAGCAGGCCAGUGGAGACCCACCAGGUGCAUGAGUACCUGCGGAGCAAGCUCUGCUCCCUCUAUGAGAACGACUGCAUCUUCGACAAGUUUGAGUGCUGCUGGAAUGGUUCUGACAGUGCUGUCAUGACGGGCUCCUACAACAACUUCUUCAGGAUGUUCGAUAGAAGCACUCGGAGGGACGUCACACUGGAAGCCUCGAGAGAGAGCAGCAAACCCCGAGCCAGCUUGAAGCCCCGGAAGGUGUGUGCAGGCGGGAAGAGGAAGAAGGACGAGAUCAGUGUGGACAGCCUGGACUUCAACAAGAAGAUCCUCCACACAGCCUGGCACCCCGUGGACAACGUCAUUGCCGUGGCUGCCACCAACAACCUGUACAUAUUCCAGGACAAAGCCAACUGAGGGAGCCUGCAGAGGCCACGUCUCGUGCAGGCAAGACGACGUCGUUGCCCUCUGCGUUCAGAGUCUGCACGCCCUCCCACAGAGGAAGAGCUGGCCUCGCCACAUCCUGGCCCGGCCCUGCCUCAACCCGGGAGAGGUGGGUGCCACUGCUCCAGAGUGAAGCCCACUGGCAGCAGAAUUGCUGGACAUUGCUCAGUAAAGGCCCUUACUCAAAAUAAAUAUAUUUAUUUAAGUCUGAGCCUUCCUUUCCAGUUUAUAGACCAAAUAACUAACAUCCAAGGGAAGAGGUGUCAUCAGGCCCUCUCCCCACCCCUCCGGCUCUUCCCUCUCCCUGCUGUCCUUGGUCCUUCACCUGGACAUGGGGUGGCCCCUGAGCCCAGGCAGGUGUUCUCACCUUGUGGUGUGCCCACUCAGUAAAAGCAGCAUAGUACAGAGUGCUUUUGAAUCCAAACAGAAGUUGUUGGCUUUUUAUUUACUUCAAUUAUGUGUAAUGAAAUCAUGCAGGAUUAUUCUUGGGAGCAACUUGAGAAACUUUGGUCCUCCUUUGGCAGAGUGGUGGAAGGUGUGAAGUUCUUCAGAUUCUAAACACAACUUUUCCCAAACUGCAGUGGCUGUCCUGUUUCUGUAGAAAUAGUCCGUCCACCCACCAGGCAGGGCUGGGAAGGAAGAUCACAGGAAGAGUAACUCACUGCUGCUGAAAACCAACACCUGGCCUCAAGUAGGCCUCAGAGUCACUACAAUUGAAAACAUGUGCUUUCUUUUAAAAGCCUUUUUUAAAAGUACUUUGGGGGAAUUAUACUUUUUAAACAUUGCUGAAGUCACAUGCAUGCUUUCAUACUGCAUUUCAAGCCAGCAGAAUCAAACCGUUUUACCUGCUGCCUGAUGCCACCAGUACCUUGGUGGUUCAUUUCAAAAGGUCUUUGAUGUCAAAAAUCGAGGUUUCCCAUCCAGAGUACAGAGGUGUGCCAUCACUACGUGACACAGGAUUGCCUCCAUGGGACGAGGCCCGUGAGCCCCGUCACAGUGCCCCCGCCCUGGGUGGAGGGCCGGCUCUCACGGUCCACUGCCGAAAAUGAAGGUGUGUUUUGAUUACUAAUGAUACAGAUAUGCAAGGACAAAAUGUCGUCACCCUGAGUUGAUGUUAACAAUGCCACAUUAGUUCACAUUAAGUUAGAAACUGAGAACAUAAAUGCCUUUAUUUUAUUUAAAAGUAACUCUCAUUCUGUGUCUUGGUUGUGACGCCAUCAAGAAUGUCAGAGGUGUGGAACAGUUGGCCGGCAUAGUCAGCCCUCGUCCUUAAAAUCGGUUCUCGUAAAACAGGAUUGUAUAUAUUUGUUCCAACUAUUUUGACCAAAAAGUUUAAUAAAUUUUAAAUGAUUUAACUGGA